AUGGAGCCUCUUCGAUCAGCCCCCGAGGCUUCCUCGUUUGUCCUCUUAGCCGACCACCAAUCGCGCACCCCAGAGUCAUUCCACUCCGGCCCUCCAGUCCUGCACUACCACAGCAAGCAUUGCAAGCUCGUCAUCCUCGAACGCGAUCUCCUCUCCACGCCCGUCCUCACUGCUCUUCGCGGGCCAAGCCCGACAGCCAACGGAGCCGGAGAUCAUGCGCCGACUACCACAGACAAAGAAGUCGACGAAGGGAAGGAGAUCGUGCUCGAUGGCAUAGACGUCUGGGUGACCUCCGAGUACGUGCACGCGCAGUUCGCCGCGCGCAUCAUUUUUCACCUUCCCCCAACCCUCUCCCAACUAACACGGGUCUCCUCUAGUAAAUUCCUCCUCUACGCCCCCGCCGUCUCCGCCGGCGUCGCAAUCCCCUACCCCUCCAUCUCCCUGCACGCCAUCCAGCGCCUCCACGUCCCCGGAACCGCCCCAGAUGCCCCGCAGUCCCAGGGCCUGUACAUGCAGAUCGCCACCCCCGCCGCCCCAGGCACGAACCCCGACGACGAGGAGGAAGAGAGCAUCACGAUGACAAUCGUCCCGCCGACAGGCGCGGGGUUCACAGCAGGCACGGCGAGCGCCGCCGACGCGACCCUCACGGCAUCGGAGCAGGCGAUGGAGGACCAAUCCGAGACGCCCGACGAGACGCCGACGCAGAUGCUGUACGCGGCUGUGUCGGCGUGUUCGAACCUGCACCCGGACCCGAUGGAGGAGGACGCCGAGGAGGAAGAGGAGGAGCGCGACUCGCUGCUGCAGUCUGGGUUUAUCUCCAUGGGGAGUGCGGAUGGGGGCCUGCCGCCGCCGGUGCCGGGCAGCUCAGGCUGGAUCACGGCGGAGAAUGUGGGCGAGUUUUUUGAUGAGCAGGGGAAUUGGAUUGGUGGGGGUGAGGCGCCAUCGUUGCCUCUGGGGCCUGGCGCGGGAUCGGUGAGGCAGAGGGAGGAUGAUGGUCAGAUUUCGGGCCAGGACGAGCAGAAUGAUGGCGAGGAGACGAAGUGGAGGAGGACAGAUUAG